AUGACGACUGAAACUCCACCAUUAACUGCAUUAUCCUUAACACAUGUACAAUUCGAUGCAUCCGAUAAAAUCGCAUACUUGUUCGCAUACAUCACGUUAGCACCAAUAUUCAUCGUUGUGGGCUACGUGACCACAAUUUUGGCGAGACGUGAAAUAACAACGAUUAAUAUGUUUAUUGGACAGAUCGCUUGUGAAGCACUGAAUGGCGUGUUAAAGUCUUUGAUGAAAGAGAAGAGACCUACUGAUAAAUUAGGUAAAGGUUAUGGUAUGCCAUCUAAUCAUGCACAAUUUAUUGGAUUCUUUACCAUGUUUUCUGUAUUAUAUUUAUAUCGAAGAAUUAAAUUCCAACAGAAUGCCUGGAAACACCUUAUAGCAUUGGGAUUACUAGGAUUCGCAGGUGCCGUUUCCUGUUCCAGAGUAUACUUGAACUAUCACACCCCAAAGCAAGUACUGGUUGGCAUUGCAUUCGGCGCCACAUUCGCCAUCAUGUGGUACUUUUUCAUAGAACAUAUCCUUCGACCACGACAAUUAUUCAAGGUAAUUGUUGAUUCACCAAUCGCAAAGUUUUUUUAUUUGCGAGAUUCGGCGAAUAUACAAGACGUUGUACGCUUUGAGUAUCUGAAUUGGGUUGCGUUUGAAAAUGAGUUAAAGAAACGUGGUGAAAAGGAUGAUGGUGGGAUGAAAAUUGAUUGA